AAUUUAUACGGAGUAACACUUCGUUUGAUGCUUCAAUCACAUACUCCCUGUGCAGGAAGGCCUCAAUUCCGUCAGACGAUUAUAAUCAUUUUCACCUUUGAGCCUUUGACUGCAGCUGUCCGAGCUGGAAGAGAUUCUCGGACGCUAGAGUUUACCGGCGGAUGAUGGCUGAGGGCAAGAGACUUGUAACCGUUGCAGCGCUGCAAUUCGCCUGCACUGACGACGUCGCCACCAACGUCACCACUGCCGAAAGGUUGAUUAUAGCAGCUCAUGAGAAAGGUGCGAAUAUCAUUCUCAUACAGGAGUUGUUUGAGGGGUAUUACUUUUGUCAAGCCCAAAAGGAAGACUUCUUUCAGCGAGCAAAACCAUACAAGGGCCACCCUACAAUUCUCAGGAUGCAGGAGCUUGCAAAAGAAUUAGGAGUAGUAAUUCCAGUUAGCUUCUUUGAGGAAGCCAAUAAUGCCCAUUACAAUUCCGUAGCUGUUAUUGAUGCUGAUGGCACUGAUCUUGGACUUUACAGAAAGUCCCAUAUUCCAGAUGGUCCUGGUUACCAGGAAAAAUUUUACUUUAAUCCAGGCGACACAGGCUUUAAGGUCUUCGAGACGAAGUUUGCGAAAAUAGGAGUCGCUAUUUGCUGGGAUCAGUGGUUUCCAGAGGCUGCUAGAGCCAUGGCUCUUCAAGGUGCAGAAAUACUGUUUUACCCAACCGCAAUUGGUUCUGAACCUCAAGAUGGUGGACUUGAUUCCCGAGAACAUUGGAAACGAGUGAUGCAAGGCCAUGCUGGAGCAAACUUGGUACCUCUUGUAGCCUCAAACCGUAUAGGGAAGGAAGUAAUUCAGACUGAACACGGGAAGAGUGAAAUUACAUUUUAUGGAAACUCCUUUAUAGCAGGUCCGACAGGUGAAAUUGUGGAACUGGCAGGCGAUAAGCAGGAAGCAGUUCUUGUAGCAGAGUUUGAUCUUGCGAUGAUCAAAAGCAAAAGACAGAGCUGGGGGGUGUUUCGUGAUCGCCGCCCGGACUUAUAUAAGGUGCUUCUGACAUUAGAUGGCCGCAGUCCAUCUCUAUGAAUCCUCACCUCACGACUUAAAGGUGGCUGUAAGGAAACUUUAAUGUGAGCCUAAAGCUGCAUUCUUUUUAAUCAUAUGAAUAAAUAGAUGCAAAGAUGGGGUGUAACUGUGUAACUUUAUGAUUUUAGUACCCUGGAUAUUGCAUGUUAUAUGUUACUCGGUGUUUUUCUUUUCUUUUACCAGGAUAUAUCCUCCUACCUAUAUUGUGAAUUUCCACGUGCGGGGAAUCUGGUUUCCCAGUUCCUUCAAAUACAUUCUUUAUCAAAUAGUUUCACCAAAUUAGAAACUAAAUGGUGG